UAUCAUUCUAACAACUGGGCCGGGUCCAGGUAUGCAAUACAUUACCUAUGAUUAUCGUGAACUUCGCCGCACCUAAUUUAACCUUUUUGGCGGGAACAAUUUUCUCAGAUAUUCUUUUCUCAAAUCUCAGCAACUCUCACUCCAUUAGGGUUUUCUGAUUGCAAGAAUCUCUGAUUCUCACUUGAACGGCUACGUUUCUGUCAGAAAUUGUAUUGAUGGCCAAGGACAAAGAGGAAGCCACACAAGUGAGUAGGAGAGCUACAAGAUUGUCCUUGUCUACUGCUAAUUCAACCAAUGAUAUUGAAGCAGCAAAAUCAUUUAAUUCCCAAACACUAACACUUGAUAACUUAGUAUUUGGACAAGAACCCAUUGGCUUAGAUGAUUUGUUAUCUUGUUUCCCAGGGAGGCGUGUUCAAAUUCUCGAGAUACUGCAUCUUUUGGGUACCAUAAAGUCUUCAAUGCCUCCUAUGUUUAUAUACGGGAGUGCUUCUACUGGAAAAACUAGUAUUAUUCUCCAAGUAUUCCGCCAUCUCAGAGGCCCUUUUGUUUAUAUAAGCUGUCUUUCAUGUUACAGUCCUCGGAUCUUGUUUGAGUCUAUCCUGAACCAGUUGUUGUUUCAUAAAAAGGAUGCAGUUAAUGGUUAUUCAAGUGUGAAGAAAUGUGAAAAGCCAUCUGAUUUUGUUAAUUUUAUACGUGAGGCAUUGAUAAAUGUUAUAGACAGUCUCAAGGAGAACUCAAAGAAAAUGAGCUCAAGUAAGUUGAAGGGACAAGUUAAUGGAAGGAUGAUUUACUUGAUUUUUGAUAAUUUUGACCUUGUUCGAGAGUGGGAUAAGAGUUCUAGUAUAUUACCUUUACUGUUUGGUCUCUGUGAUAUCUUGAAGAUGCCUGAAGUGGGUUUUAUAUUUAUCAGCAAUAGCUCUCCUGAUACUUAUUACUCAAAUACUGGUUACAUGGAACCUAUUCUUGUUUAUUUUCCUGAAUACACAGAAGAUGAUCUCCGUCAAAUUUUCUUGAGAAACCAAGCAAAUCAGAAGCUCUAUUCCUCCUUUCUAGAUGUUGUGCUGAGACCAUUCUGCAGAGUUUCCAGACGUUUGGAUGAACUAUCUACAGCAUUUUCAACAUUAUUUAAAAAAUAUUGUGAACCUUUAAGUGAUUUGGGAGUUGUACCAAAUGAAGAUAUGAAGAGAAGAUUGUUUAGUCAUAUUCAGCCACACAUUGCUCAUUCUUUGAAUGAGAUAUUUAGUGUUGCAUCUCAACCUUCUGUUGAAUCUGAAGCCAAUCAGGAGACCAGGAAGAAAGGAAGUGCUAAGAAAUCAGUGGGUUCCAGAGAUUUUGAUGAGAUAGACUUCCAUAUGUCUACUUCUGCUAAGUAUCUCCUUAUUUCAGCAUUCCUUGCUUCAAGAAAUCCCGCCACUCUUGAUGCAUCACUUUUUGAUUCAACUGGGGGUUCUAACAGUCGCAAAAGAAAGAGGAAGGUCUCUGAAAAAUCAGUGGAAAGGAGGGAAGCAGAAGAAGAGGAGUUAUUUAUGAAAGGGCCUGGAACUUUCUCUUUGGAGAGAUUAUUAGCCAUAUUCCAGUGUAUCACAUCAGUAGGAGAAGAUUCAUUCGGUGAAGAGGGAGGAGCUGAUGGUGUAACAGUUGAAGGAGAGAGUAAUGGACUCAUGUCUGAUGUUCUCUUGCAACUAUCCAGUCUCUGCAAUGUUAAUUUUAUUGUCAAAGGAGGAAGCUGUCCUUUAGAGGGUUCAACUCGAUAUCGUUCUACAGUAUCUGAAGAUUUGGCUCUGAAGGUUGCAAGGAGCCUUAAGUUCCCUUUGUCAAAGUACUUGUUCAGAAGAUAGUCAGUGAUGUGAAGAGAAACUUGUAUCAUGGCCUUUUAUCCGUUCCAGUGAAGAGAAAUCUCAGAGACAAAUCAUAUGGCCCAUAAUUUCAGAUUCCCAUGGUUUGUGCAUGGCAAGUUGAUUAACACACUCCUGGUACAUAUUAAGGGAGUGAUUAUGGGCAUCAAGUAGAUGAGAUCAGUUUUUGAUAGGAACUGUUAAAGAAAUCUAUAUAUGGUUUGAUCAAAAUACUGGUUUCUGGAUAGUCAAUGACUAUCUUGCGCGUGUAAUGGAUUAGGGACUUGAUGCAACCUAGUUGCUCUUUUUUAUUUUAUUUUUUUAGAUAUGUAUAUGUUUAUUUUUCAUUCUUAGAAUACAAACAUGU